AUGGCAGGCUCCUGCCGCUUCCUUCACCUUGCGCCCCCGUUCCUCCUUGAAGAUUAUACGCCCCGGUACAUGACAUUGUCCUCUAUUGAUGAAUCCAAGAAGCGAUCUAAGGCCUAUGCCCAUCUUUCCAACUGCAAUCUUUGCCCGCGGCUAUGCGGUGUGAACCGCUUCGAAAAGACCGGAAUGUGUCUGAUUGGCGAGAACACAAAGGUCAACGUGAUUGCGCCUCAUUUUGGUGAAGAACCGUGCGUACAGGGGCACAAUGGCAGCGGCGCCGUAUUCUUCUCGGGCUGCAACCUUCGUUGCGUCUUCUGCCAGAACUAUGACAUCGCCCACCAACGUAACGGCCAGGAUCUGACGCCCGAAGAGUUGGGUGAAUGGUAUAUCAAGCUGCAGCAAGUUGACCGCGUACACAACAUCAACCUGAUCACCCCGGAGCACGUGGUUCCCCAGGUUGUGCUCAGUAUUCUUCAUGCGAAGGAACUGGGCCUAAAGGUUCCAAUCAUCUACAACACCUCCAGCUUUGAUUCGUUGGCUUCUUUGGAACUACUGGAUGGCUUGGUCGACAUCUACCUCCCUGAUUUCAAGGUCUGGGAAGCGGUCACAUCUAAGCGCUUACUGAAGGCGGACGACUAUGCAGCCACGGCACGCGAGAGCAUUAAAGCGAUGCAAAAACAAGUCGGAGAUUUAUGCUUUACCGGAGAUGGCAUAGCCAAAAAGGGUCUCCUCGUACGACAUCUGGUAAUGCCGGGAAAAGAAGCAGAAGGGCGGCGGAUCAUGCAGUUCCUGGCCGAGGAGGUCUCCAAGGACUGCUUCGUCAACAUCAUGGAGCAGUAUCGCCCGGAUGCUCAUGUUGGCAAGGCCAGGAAACGCACAAAGGACGGCACCGAACAUCACGAUAAUGAGGUGCGGUAUAACGAGAUUAACCGAGCAGUGUCAGGCGACGAGGUUUCGUCGGUGCGCAGGGCCGCAGAGGCAAUUGGUCUAUGGCGCUUUUGCGACCCUCCCCGACACGACGGCUUCAACAUUUGA